GUUUCCAGUAGCGCAGAGUGCUCGGCAACGUGACGGUAGUGUCUUUCUGGUUCUGUGUACGUUUCGUCGUGUUUUCGACGUUCGUUGAACCUAAUGGAAUGGAAUUAAUGGAAACCCCGUUAAGAGUUUAGACGGUGCCUUCGCUUAGACCAUGUAGAUUAUUAAGUAUUUGUUUGAAAACAUAAACGGGGAUUUAAAUAAGGCGAAUUUCGACGAUUAAAAUGUCUAAGAAUAAACUUAACCUCACUUUACCUCCGGGUUUACUCGAUCAAAAUCAAACUGUUACACCUACAAACGUUGCUUUUCCAGAAGCAUCAAUAGCGCCUAAUAAUUUAGUGGGUGGAAAUAGUAUUGAUAACUUAACAGCGCGUUUAGAAGAAUUAGAUAUGGAUGAUGUGCAAAAAAAGCGUAUAGAAGAGUUUCUUUGUCAAAAAGAGAAAAUUGAUGGGGAGUUGAGCGAUGAUGAUUUUGAAAAAUUGGGGGAGCUUGGUUCUGGAAAUGGAGGUGUUGUGAUGAAAGUUCGCCAUAAAGUCUUAGGGCUCAUAAUGGCGAAAAAAUUAAUUCACUUAGAAGUGAAACCAGCAAUAAAAAAGCAAAUUCAGCGCGAAUUGAAAGUUUUGCAUGAUUGUAAUUUUGCGCAUAUCGUCGGUUUUUAUGGCGCGUUUUAUAGCGAUGGGGAAAUUAGUAUUUGUAUGGAAUAUAUGGAUGCGGGGUCUUUGGAUUUAAUAUUGAAGAAAGCUUCUAGAAUUCCAGAGAAUAUUCUUGGUAAAAUCACUUUGGCGGUUUUGAAGGGGUUGAGUUAUUUGAGAGAGAAACAUUCGAUUAUGCACCGAGAUGUUAAGCCCAGUAAUAUUCUAAUUAAUAGUAGUGGUGAAAUCAAAAUAUGCGAUUUUGGCGUUUCUGGGCAGUUAAUUGACUCAAUGGCUAAUUCUUUUGUUGGUACAAGAAGUUACAUGUCUCCAGAACGUUUACAAGGCACUCAUUAUUCCGUACAAAGUGAUAUAUGGUCCUUAGGUUUAUCACUGGUUGAGAUGGCGAUAGGAAUGUAUCCGAUUCCCCCACCGGAUGCGAGAACUUUGGCUUCGAUAUUUGGACCAAAAGCGGAUGGGGAAUCACCCGGGCAUACAAACGGACCCAGACCAAUGGCUAUUUUUGAACUCUUAGAUUACAUAGUGAAUGAGCCUCCACCCAAAUUACCAUCAGGAAUUUUCAGUGAUGAAUUUAAAGAUUUUGUUGAUAAAUGUCUUAAGAAAAAUCCAGAAGAACGUGCCGAUUUAAAAAGCCUUAUGAAUCAUGCAUGGAUAAGAAGAGCAGAGCAAGAAGAUGUUGAUAUAGCUGGUUGGGUUUGUAAGACCAUGGAACUUCAGCCAAACACCAGCAAUAAAGUGUGAAAAAAAUGUUUGAUUAAGACAUGAUGGUGUAAUUUCGCGCACGGCUGUGAAUGAUUUUUCCAAACAAGUAUACAGGGUGAUUGGUAAUUAAUUUUUCUAUUAUUUACAAUAAUCCUGUAUAUAUUACCGGUGAAUUCAAAACAAGAAUUUUUUUUAUAUAAUCACAUCACUUCGUUACAGAACUUACGUUCUCUUCAUUACAGAAAUUAGAUUGAAAAUAAAAUAAUUAUUAAUAAUAACCUUUAGAUUUAAAAGAAAAAUGAGUGAAAUUAUUAACUAAAAAUUGUAAUCUAGACGAGUUAAAACCAUUUACUCACAAGGUUAUCCAAAAAAAAUUCUCUUUAAAUAUUCGUCAUUGUGUGGUUGGUAGACCGUUUACAUAGUCUGUGUUUAGAUAUAUUAUCUUUUUUAUGUUUUUUAAUAAUAACAUUGAAAUCGUAUAUUAA